CUCUCCUGCCCCGCCCCGCCCCCCCUCUCUGCGCUUCCUGCACCAUCCCUUGCCCCCCCCCGGCGAAUCAUGUCCCCGACCUCCACAUCAACAGCCGGGGUUCUGGCUGGCUCCUUCAGCUCCAAGCUCUUCCUGCGGCACUUGCGUACGGCCGAGCUCGGACGUCGUUUGCACUGGCUCAAUGUCACGGAGUCCACCAUGCGCGUGGGCCAGGACCUGUUGGACGAGGCGUUCCCCUUCCGGGCCCCGGGGCCGGGGGCGCCGCCCCCCGGGGGCGCCGCCGCCGUGGCCGGGCUCCUGAUCGGGGCCGAUUCGCAAACGGCCGGCGUCGCGCGCACGGCCGGCCGGAGCUGGGACUCCGCCGGGGCUGGCGCCACCGAGCCGGCUCUCCUGGCUCCCGGCAACCCGGACGCCGGCAGCCGGGGGAACCUCUAUGUCACCCUGCUGCUGGUGGUCCCCCGGCCGGAGACACUGAUGCAAAUGCUCCCGGCCGCGGCGUCGGCGACGGUGCUGGCCGCGCGUGAUGCGCUGCGCUCGGUCACCGGCUCGCCGGCCGGGCUCGGGACCACGGCCGAUGGCUGGUCCGGCUCGCUGGAGCCGGUCCUCAAGUGGCCGAAUGACGUGUGGAUCGGCGGCCGCAAGUGCGCCGGCAUGCUGGCCCGGUCGUCCAUGCUCCCCAACGGCGCGGGCUUCGGUGUGAUGAUUGGCGUCGGCAUCAAUGUCAACAAUGUGCCGGAGGUCAUCUCUUCCCCUUCGGCCAUGCGGGCAUUUAGCUCGCGGCCGACCAGCCUGCGUGAGCAGGCCUUCCACGCACCGGGCUCCGGGGAUUUCAUCCCGCGCGAGCUGGUGCUGGCCUCCUUCCUCAACCACCUGGAGGACCUGCUGUCUCGGCCGAUGGCCCAUACCAUCACCACCAUGCAGGGGCUCGAUUGUGCGGUCGGCCGUCGGCUGUUGAUUUCCCCCUCCUACGUGCCGCACUCCAGCACCCCGGCGCCGGUGGCCGAGUCAGACCGUGGGGCCGGCGCCGCCGCCGGGCUCCUGCCGCCGGGGGCCUUCGAGGCCAUUGGCAUGUCCAUUUCCCCGCUCGGCGAGCUGGUUGUGCGAAACACCGCCACCGGCCAGGUUACCACCCUUGCCUCCAGCGAGGAAAUCAGCAUCCGUCCGAUGCCGGGAAGUGCCGCCUGAAGCCUCGGCAUAGCUGCUUGCUUUUUGUUCGCCAGUUUGCCCGCCCGUGUGUGUGCGCCCGGUGUGCAUGCGCACAUGUUGGGGGUGGG